AUGCGGUUUGUUACCCACGGCCCCUUGACGGGACAUGACGACAGUUGCCAGUGGGAUCACUCGAGUGACAAACUUUGCGAUGAGCUCAACUGCGCUCCGACAAGAGCAGCGCUGGGUUACUCGAGCGUCAAGGAGGCGCGCAACGUCCUUGAGCGAGUCCUGCAGCUGGCCCCGGUCCCGGAGGAGAUUGCAGCAAAAGCAAGAAAUGUAGAGUUUGUCUCGGCCAGCGACCUGCCGUAUUUUCCCAUCCCGUUCAAGGAGACGGAGCUCGGGGCGGCGUUGAAGGCGGUCGAGGCGAGUAUUGGUCUGGCCAUUGCAGAGCUGAGACGGACGGCGUCGGCUGCGGAUGCAACCCAAAAUGGCGUCGCAAGUCAACUAGCGGAAAGGGGAAGCCAGAACGGAGCGCCACGGAUAAAGAUUGAUCUGGAAAGGACAACAGCGUUCUUGUUCCAGACAUAUCUAACGUCGAUUGGAGGGUUCACCAAGCCCGAAAAAGGGGCCACUCAGUUUCUCAAAGCUACCGAUCUUCUCGAGGCGCAGUCAGACCUCUACCGGCGCAUGUCGGCUAAUCUCUACAGCACAAAAAACCCGGGCGAGUACUACCACAUCCACGGCUCGCUCGAGGCAUCCUCGACCCUCCGCAUGCUGGGGUUGGAGGCGCGGCGUCCCGACCUGACGGAAAAGGGCCACGAUGCCAUUGUGGACGAGAUCGAGUCCCGCGUGAGCCAGUACACCGUCAGCGAGCUCGAGUUCCUGAACGGGCUGAACCGCCAAGCCGGCGUCCAGGCGUUGAAGCACGAGGAAUUCCUCCAGACUGCACAUGGCAAGGCAAACUCCAACUCACCGCCCUGGAGCGUCGACGCCAUCGAGACGACAACACCACCGGCACCCUUCCUCCGGCCCAUAAACCCCACCGGCGACGCGGCGCAGAGGCGGCCGCUGGCGGGGAUCAAGGUGCUGGACGUCAGCCGCAUCAUCGCGGCGCCGACCAUCGGGCGGAUCCUGGCCGAGUACGGCGCCGACGUGCUCAAGAUCAACUGCCCGCACCUGAGCGACGUGCCCUUCUUCCAGCUGGACGGCAACAUGGGCAAGCGGACGGCCGAGCUGAACCUCAAGUCGGCCGACGGCAGAAAACGGUUCGAGGAGCUGCUGGCCGACGCCGACGUCGUCAUCGAGGGCUUCCGGCCCGGCGCCAUCGAGAGGCUAGGGUACGGGCCGCGGGCGAUGGCGAGCAUGGCGGAGCGGCGCGGGAGGGGCUACGUCUACGUCAGCGAGACGUGCUUCGGGCACGUGGGGGAGUGGUCGAACCGGCCUGGGUGGCAGCAGAUAGCCGAUUGCGUCACCGGCCUGGCGUGGGAGCAAGGCCGCUUCCUCGGGCUCGACGAGCCGGUGGUGCCGCCGUUCCCCAUCUCAGACUACGGCACCGGCUGCAUGGGAGCCAUAGCAGCCCUGACGGGACUCUACCACCGCGCCAAGUCGGGAGGGUCGUGGCACUGCAGGGCGUCGCUGAUGCACUACGACCUCUUGCUCAUCGGCAUGGGCCAGUACCCGGACGACGUGAAGAGGUUCCUCCUGCACGGGGCUGGGGGCCAGGAAAAGGAAACGGAAAACGUGCAGGCCCCCAACAAGAAAACCGACAGCAACCACAGUAGCGGGACCAGUGCAAAGACAAAGACAAAUGCCAACGUCCCCGAGUUCCCGCGCGACAUUCGACACAGCCAUUCGGUGGACCAGAUCUCGGGGUCGGCAUUGCAGAUGAUGCGGCGGCGCCAUCCGGAUUUCUUUGCGCAGCUCCCCGGCAUGAUGGAGACGUGGCACUCGGCGGGCUUCGGGGCCGAGGUGGUGGUGGUGCAGCCCGUGGCGCAAAUAGAGGGGGUCGAGCUUGCCUACUCUCGCGGGAGCCGUCCCAACGGAUCAGACGCCCCUGACUGGGAUGGCUUUGAUGGGCCCGGGAAGGAUGUCAAGGUGACCUAA